AUGAUCAAGUUCAUUUUAAAUUCGCUUUUACUCCUUUUCUUUUUUGGAAUUGUUACCGCAUCAAAAGAUUUUGAUGUUAUUAUGGGUAACAAAAAUUUUAAAACAACAAAGUUACUUAGUGCUGUCUAUAGUCAACAAGUUAGUGAUUCUUCAGAAGGAUAUCAUAAGGCAGAAUUUAAUUUAAAAACCAAUUUACCAUCAUUUAAUCCUGAUCAAAGUGGUGUAGAAAGUGUUAUUUGUAAAACAGAGGCAAAUGGUAAAAGAAAAAUUGCUUUCAGCUUAAAGGACAAAAAAGCGGUUAAGGAUGUUAAGAAAUGGCCUGAAAGAAUUAUGUUAUUAAUUUCUCAUAAAUGGAAAUGUUUUGGUAAAAGGUCUACCCAAUUUUUUACGGCUACUGAUAGAGUUAUAGAUGAAUCUAAAUUAGUUGCAACUUUUGUUAUUAUGAAUUGCGAUUUUCCACACAAUUCAGAAGAUUACGAUAUCAAUUUUAAUUGGGUCGAAGGGAAACAAACAAAGAAUAAUACUCAUCGCAGUCUAGAAGAAAGAUUCGGUAUUUCAUUUCCAACAAUUAAUAUUAGUAAUAAAAUAAGUUUAAAUAUCUUAUUUGACUCAAAAAGUGAUAAAUCUUCAAAACCAGAUAUAUCACUUAUAAAUAAUAAUGAUAUUAAAUUGCUUUGCGCUAAUUGUUUUACGAAAGGUGAAGCUACUCUUGCAUUGAGAAUUAGAGGUAAAAUUUUUCCUCCUAAAUUGAAAGAAGCUUCAAUUACUCUUAGUGGAAAUUUUUUCAUGAACCUUGAUUUUGCUCUUGAAGCUUCAAAAGAAAUAAGUCCUGAAAGACGUAAAAAAGCAUCUGAAAAUUCUCCUAUUAUAAAUUUUAAAACAGGUGAUUUUAAGAUACCAGGUUUAUUAGAACUUGGCCCUGAAAUUGAUCUUGUUGCUGCAGCUGAUGCUCUUGCGGAUGCAAAAGCAACUCUUGGAUUUGGUGGUAAUUUUAGUUUACCAAAUUUUAGUGCUAAGGCAUCAUUUAAAGGCCUACCAAAUUUUGAGCAAUCCGGGUUCGAACCUAUAGUUAAUGCACAUAUUCCAAGUGCUAGUGCCAAAGCUUUUGCUAUUAUUACUGCUACAUUAAAAACACAAUUAGGUUUUGGUGUAAAAAUACUCAAAGGUCGAAUUUUAAAUAAGAAAAUUGGUUUUGAAUUGGCUGGAUCUCUUGAAGAUUCUUUUAGAUUAGGUAGUUGUAAAAGAAAGGCUCAUCCACAUGUUAAAUCUUCUCUUGGUGGUAAUAUAGGUUUUUUUGUAAAUGAUAAGGAUUUUCCUAUAUUAAAAUUUCCUACUCAAUCUUUAUUAGAUAAAUGUUUAUAA